AUGCCACCUCUUCCAAAAGUUUUAGUAACUAAAGUAAAAAAGCAUCGACGUCAUUCAAUUACACAUCAUUCUAAGAAAGGAAGAGUUUCGAAUGUAGUUCGAGUCACACGAAUCAAAUCACGUUUGGAUGGAUCAUUUAGAACAAAUCGACAAAGUGUUCCAAGUGUGAGCAAAAUUAACAUUGCAAUAGCUGAUGUGAAUAUAAAACAAGGAGUCACGAAUGAUGUUAAUCAAUCUCAUAUUUUACAUUCAACAACAAAUCGAAACUCACUGAAGUCUGUGACUGACUCCGCAGUCCCAUUAAUAUCUUCAGUAGCUCGUCAAUCCACCCUACCAAAUAGAUUUUCAUCGAAGGUGGUACCAUCGAGCAAUUAUGAUCCAUUACGAUCAACUAUCCAUUCCAAUCUUAGUUCUGUUUCAAGAACAAAACAAUCACGAUUUAGUUUAGGUGAUCGACGACAGUUAUUUACCAUUGAACGAACACAAAUAGAAAAUAAAAAAAAGCGUAAAUUAUGUCCGUCAUGUUCGCCUCGUACUCUGAUAGCACUGGCCAUCGUUAUAUCAUUAGUCCUUAUCGCUAUUGCAAUAAUACCGGCUACGGUAAUCACACUCACGAAAACGAUGACUACAACAAUAGCCACGACUUCAUCAAAUAAUAUGACAACUACAACAGCCACUACCAUUACGUCCAAUAUUUGUACAGCAGCGUUGGCUAAUAUUGCAAUGGUGGCUAAUUGUUAUCCUUGUCCUGCUUAUAGAUAUCAUCAAUAUAUUUACAAUUAUACGGCUGUUGCGAACGCAACUCGUAUUGUAUUUGCUUUUCGUAGACAAACUGCUUAUUUUACUUUGGAUGAUGUUUCUGUACGAGAUUAUGCAGCACCAAGUACUGAAUUACUUGGUAAUCCAGGUUUUGAAACAGGUAAUUUGUCAUCUUGGAUAUACUGUAAUCAAAAUAAUGAAACAAUUACUGAUGGCGUUCAAUCCAAUUACACCUCUGGCAAUUUUACUUAUUUUCCUAAUUCAGGUAUCUAUUACUAUAUGGGUGGAAGCCUUACAGCUUCUGAUUAUAUUAGUCAAGCAUUUUCGACUCAGAUUGUUGAUCUAUAUAAAAUUACGCUGUGGUCUCGGUAUCCUGGUACUGGAAAUUUAACAAGUGCUGACUUUUUCCUUGGCGUCUGA